CGUUACCUUCUCAUGGUGCAAAGCACCAUGAGAAUGGGACGCGUUUUGUUCUUUCACAAACACUGGUUUUUCAAGAAUCGUCGUAUAUAUUUGGUAAGAAAAUGCGUACGGCUAAGAAAACAUCCAAGAAAGGAGUUCCCUUUAAUUUGCUCGUUGUUGGAGAUGCCGGUCUGGGAAGAUCGGCUUUUGUGAACACUUUAUGUGAAAAACCAUUGAUUAAAAAGGACAAUACCCAUUUCGAUCCUUCAAUGGCGGCUUCAAUGUCUCCAGUAGAGAUCGUUCCCUAUCAGACUGAUAUUGUAUUGGAGGACGGCUUUAGAAUCAGCUUGACAGUUCUGGACACUCCUCAUUUUAAUGAAGCCAUCGAUAAUGAAAAUAAUUUUGAUAUAAUUCUUCAAUAUCUUGAAAGUCAAUAUGACAAUGUCUUGGAAGAAGAAACACGAAUUAAGCGGAACGCUAAGUUUAGUGAUGAACGCGUUCAUGCUCUCAUAUAUUUCAUUUCACCCACAGGUCAUGGCCUUAGAGAAUUAGAUAUUGAAUUGAUGAAGCGACUUGCGCCUCGGGUUAACGUGAUUCCUGUGAUUGCAAAGGCAGAUUCUUUGACAGCUGAGGAGCUUAAAGAAACCAAGAAAAUGAUCCUUGACGAUAUUGCAUAUUAUCAUAUUCCCGUGUAUAAUUUUCCUUAUGAUGAGGAAGAAGAUGAAGAAGCAUUGGUUUCUUUGAGCAAGAGUUUGCGCUCCAAAAUGCCAUUUGCAAUAGUUAGCUCCGAUCGUUUAGUCGAAAUUGGUGGAAAUACAAUUCGUGGACGUGUCUACCCUUGGGGUGUUGUCGAUGUGGAUAAUCCAUCUCAUUCAGACUUCUUAGCUUUGCGUUCUGCCAUUUUUUCAACUCAUUUAGAGGACUUGCAAUCGAUAACGAACAAUCAGUUGUACGAGUCAUAUCGUACCGAAAAGUUGUCUGCUUCGCAUUUGGCAAUGGAUAGUUCCUAUAAUGAUCUUAGUUCAGGUAAUCAACAAGACCAAGUUUUACGAGAAGAUAGAUUACGGGCAAUUGAGUUGUCUGUGCAACGCGAAAUUGAAGAGAAACGACGUCAAUUACUUGCACGCGAAGAAGCGCUGAGAGCUUUGGAAGAAAAGAUUGCCGCCUCUACUGCAGCAAUGGCAAACACAAGUGUUUCAACACCUCCUUCUACCGAAAAUUCUGCUUCUCAAUCUUAAAGUGUUAAUUAUCAUUAAGUUUGGAUCUACUGUAUUGCAAAUACCUUCGUUACUGUCACUACGCACUUUCCUUGAAGUUUAUAUCUACCAAAUUUCACAUGCCAUUUUUAUUAAUCUGAAUGGAAUUUUUUAUGAACAUGAAUUCAAUAUAUAAAUAUAAAUAUGAAUAAAUAUAUAUAUGUAUAUAUAUAUAUACAUAUACAUAUAAUUUUGUUGAAACAGUCAAAGGAAGUAUUUUGCAAAUCAUACAUCUCAU